UGCACGCGAUUACCGUAUUAGGUUUUGUUCGAGUGAGUGAUUCAGCAGUAUUUCUGUUACCCAAGUUCAUCAGACGGACCGAUUGCGGAAGCACUAUGAGUGAAGUAGAUCCGUGCAAAUGUGGUCCGGGGUAUGCCACCCCUUUGGACGCCAUGAAAGGUCCCAGGGAGAAAUUGUUGUAUUUGCCAUGUAUCCGUAGUAACACGGAGAUAGAAAAGCCUGACUACCUUGCCACCGUUGAUGUCGAUCCAGAAUCUCCUUCUUACGGCCAGGUCAUUCAUCGCCUGGCGGUUCCUCAUUUGGGAGAUGAGUUACAUCACAGUGGCUGGAACGCCUGCAGUAGCUGCCAUGGCGAUCCUAAUCAGAAAAGAAACCGCCUGAUAAUGCCGUCACUUAGUUCCAGCAGGAUUUACAUCUUUGACGUAGAAACUGAUCCAAAGGCACCACGCAUACACAAGAUUGUUGAACCAGAAGAGGUCACCAAGAAGACAGCUCUGGGCUACCUUCAUACAACGCACUGCCUGGGAAGUGGAGAGGUCAUGAUCAGUGCCAUGGGAACACCGGAAGGAAAUGAGGAAGGAGGUUUCGUUAUCCUCGAUGGCAAGACCUUUGACGUCAAAGGACGCUGGGAAGGUGAAAACAAAUCAGCACCAAUGGGGUAUGACUUUUGGUAUCAGCCUAGACACAAUGUGAUGAUAAGUUCUGAGUGGGGAGCGCCUAGCGCUUUUACCAAAGGAUUUAAGGUGGAGGACGUGGCUGCUGGCAAAUACGGAUCUCGCUUGCAUGUGUGGGACUGGACCUCACGAACCAUUCAACAGACAAUAGACUUAGGAGCUGGUACCGUUCCCCUGGAGAUAAGAUUCCUGCACGACCCCGAUCAGACGCAGGGAUUUGUGGGAUGUGCGUUGAGCAGCACGGUGGUACGAUUCUUCAAAAAUGAGGAAAAAACUUGGAGUGCUGAGACUGUGAUUAAAAUUCCAAAUAAGAAAGUGGAAGGCUGGGCUCUACCGGAAAUGCCAGGUCUGAUAACAGACAUUCUUCUUUCGCUGGAUGACAAAUACCUGUAUUUGAGCAACUGGCUUCAUGGAGACAUCAGACAGUAUGACGUAACAGACACCAAAAACCCAAAACUAGUCGGACAGGUAUUUAUCAGUGGCAGCAUAGUCAGUGAUGGCCCAGUGAAGGUGACAGAGGACUCUGAACUGAGCGGACAGCCUGAGCCGUGUUACGUGAAGGGGAAGCGAGUGGAAGGAGGACCGCAGAUGAUUCAGCUCAGUUUGGAUGGCAAACGGCUUUAUGCCACAACAUCGUUGUUCAGUGUGUGGGACAAUCAGUUCUACCCUAAUCUCUCCAAAAAAGGCAGCAUGUUGCUGCAAGUUGACGUUGAUUCAGUGAAUGGCGGGCUCAAGUUGAAUCCUGAUUUCUGUGUGGACUUUGGAGAAGAACCUGACGGACCAGCUCUCGCUCAUGAAGUGCGUUAUCCGGGGGGAGACUGCUCCUCUGACAUAUGGCUUUAAAAUUCCUUAAAUCCUCCAAUCAAAUUAUUUUCCUUGCCAGACGAACAUUCGGAACACCAAAGGAUUUACAUCACGUAUAUAUCAGACUUUCCUGUUAUUUUCCCUAGUUUGAAUAAAGUUCACAUAAUUUCUUUUCAAAUAUCACCUUCAAAAUUGUUCCUAAAGUGUUUUUCAAUGACUGAUAGGUAAAAUACUUUUUUUUUUUUAAAUUAUCACUAUUAUUAUUUUAAUUUACAAACAGUUUACAACAUGUCAUAAAUAUCUACUUACUUAACAACAUAUUAUUUUUUUUGUUAACCUAAUUACUUCACAACUUCACAUAAAUCUAUAGGUUAGUAAACGUAAAAAAGAAAGAGAAGACAAGAACAGUAAAGCAAUAAAGACGAAAAAUAAAAAAAAGUUACAAAA